UUAGUCAGCUAUUGUGACAUAAAAAGAUAGAAUGUGAGGUGGAAGAAAGCUGCCUUAAAAAAUGGAAUAACUAAAUGAGAGACCUAUUACUGAACCUGGAAGAGACACUUGUCAAAUUAGCAGGAUGAUGAGAGAAUUGCAGGGGGGGGGGCGGUUCUCUGCUCAAAUGAUGGCUGACCUGAAUGUCCACACCAAGUCCUGAAUACAAGGAAAGCUUCCAGACUUGCUCUGACACAGCAGGAAGGCCGCUCCUGAGUCAGAAACCCGAAGUCUCUCAACCUGUUUUGUUCCCUGCCUCAGGGAAAAGCUCUCUAUCUGAUUUUCAGUGGUGAUUUGGCAAAAUCCAGGAGUGUGUGAACUCACUCUGGAACAACAGAGGAGUGAGCAAAGCUCUCAGAGGCAUUGGGCAUUUUUUACUUAUUUUUUUUUAAUUUACUUUUUAUUUAAUAUGUGAUGACCUCUCCUGUCCUCACUCCUAGAAUGCUGCUCACCUUGUUUCCAAAAGCCUCAGCUCAAAAACGGCUCCUGAUGGUGAUAUUUAUCCUUGUUUUCUGGGUCAUCUUCAUGGCUUCAAAAAACCACACAGAGUUUUUGUUCUACUUAAACAACCCCAUCACUCUGAAACGAUGGCACAUCUUCAAGUUCAUGCACUCUGAAGGGCUUCAGAGCACACCAGCAGCAGCACCAGCACCAACUCCAGAGGCAGAGCCAGCUGUCACAGAAAUCCUGGAGAAGCUAAACCAGCAGAUCCCACCCAGGCCCUUCCCUCACCGCAGCACCACCACCAGCGCCACACACAGCACAGCCACCAUCCUCAACCCUCGAGACACGCACUGUAUAGGGGACCAGCUGGACGUCCUGCUGGUAGCCAAGGACUAUUUUGGAAGCAUGAAAAAGUAUGGUGGGGACUUCCUGAGGGCCAGGAUGUCCUCCCCAGCCCUGAAGGCAGGCGCUUCAGGAAAGGUGACAGACUUCAACAAUGGCACCUACCUCAUCAGCUUCACUCUGUUCUGGGAGGGCCAGGUCUCCCUGUCUGUCCUCCUCAUACACCCCAGUGAAGGGGUGUCAGCUCUCUGGAGAGCAAGGAACCAAGGCUAUGAUAGAGUUACCUUCACUGGCCAGUUUCUUAAUGGCACCUCCCCCAUCUCCACGAAAUGUGGCCUUAUCUUAAACACCAGCGCUGAGCUGUGUCAAUACCUGGAUGCUCGGGAUCACGAAGCCUUCUACUGCUUGAAGCCUCCAGGUGUUCCCUGUGAGGCCCUGACUCACAUGAAAACCAUGAAUAGUAACAUCUCCUACCUCAGCCUUAAGGAAAAGUUCCUUUUCAAGAGGUUCAACAUAGGGGUUGAAGUGCUGAAGAAUUUGGCCAUCACAGUCUUCCCAUGUAACAGUAAGUCCAGUAACAAGAAAGAGAAAUGUCAGGUUGGAAUGAAGACUCCUUUCCCCAGUGGCUAUACUUUGAAAGGAAUGUGGAUUACAACAUUUUGCAGACAGAACGAGUUCAGUGCCAUGGAAGAUAUAAAUAACUGCUUGAAAAGAAAACUAAUUUACCUCAUGGGUGAUUCAACACUGCGCCAAUGGGUUUACUACUUAAACAAAGUUGUUAAAACCCUAAAAUAUUUUGAUCAUCAUGGAACUGGGGUCUUUAAAACUCAUAUCCUUCUGGAUACUGAAAGACAUGUUUUGGUUCAGUGGAAAAAACACAGCCAUCCUUUCGUUACUAAAAACCUGUACUCCAUGAAAGAUGACAACUACAUCCCACGAGAAAUUGACCAGGUGGCAGGAGACAGUGAUACAGCCAUUGUCAUUAGUUUUGGCCAACACUUCAGACCCUUUCCCAUCAAUAUAUUCAUCCGUAGGGUCAUCAACGUCAAAAAGGCCAUAGAGCGACUCUUCUUACGAAGCCCGGAGACCAAGGUGAUAAUUAAAACAGAAAAUAUCAGAGAAUUCAAUGAAAAUGCAGAGAGCUUCAGUGACUUCCAUGGAAGCAUUCAGAAUCAUAUUUUAAGGGACAUUUUGGGGGAUCUCAGUGUGGGUAUUAUUGAUGCUUGGGACAUGACAAUUGCGUAUCGCAGUGAGGCUGUCCAUCCAUCUUCCAGCGUGAUUGAAAGUCAGGUUGGUAUGUUCUUAAACUACAUUUGCUAGAGGAUCUUAAAGUACAGAAACAUAUCUAGCCCUCCCUGCCCUUGCUCGCUCCAAUUUUAUAUGUACUUACAUAGAUAACACAAUCUAACAUAAGAAGAAGAAAAUAUUGAAAAUUAUAGUUAAAUAUACAUAACAGAAAAUUCUCCAUUCAAAUAAUUUUUAAUCCUACAAUCUGGUGGUGCUAAGUGAAGUUCCAUGUCACAUCUCCAUCAUUAUAAUCCAUUUCUUCGUCCCUAGUAGAAAUCAAACCUCUUAAACACCCACUCGCCACUCCUCUGAGCCACAGACCCUGGCGUCUACAGCUAUACUUCAUGUGUCA